AUGCUAAAAAUAAUUGACUCUGGAUCAUGGAGGCAGGAGACGAGUCGCUCACAUCAGUCAACCUCUCAAGUCGUGUUCGCACCAGAAAUCAUGAAGUUUGCCGCCGCUGUUGUCGCUUUCGCCGCCGCUGCCGUCGUGGCUGUCCCAACGGGCAAAUAUCUCGUCGAGCUCUCCCUGCCCGACGCACAGGACUACAACCCGAACCAAAGCCUCUAUCCGCAGCGUUCACUGCGCGUGAUUGGUGCCUUUGAGUCUUACUACACGGAAGAGACGUUCCGGACCGAGGCCAUCAAGCAGUGCAAGGCUGAGCAUGCAUGCAGCACCGUCAUUGGCUACUUGCAAGAGCGCUCCAAUGUCGUCGAUGGCUCGCCCUAUCCUGUGUGGUUCGCUUGGCUGAUUGGUGGUGCGCAAGCCACGACGAACGACUUUCACCACGCCAAAGGCACCAAAAACUCAUUCAUUUAUACUAUUAACGAGUAG